GGGCGGGGACGCAAACCGGGAGCGUCUGGCAGGUGACGGCACUAAGUCGCGGCGGUGUGCGCGUGCCAGGCCCCGUCCCGUGCGUCGGCCGAGGGGGAAGAGCCGAGCGGAGGCCCCGCCUGACCCGCGAGACAGGUCGAAGCCGGUGCCGGAGCGGAGGCGCGUGGAGCCGGCAGGAGCGCGGGAGCCAUGGCCCUCAGCGGCCGAGCCCGAGGGAGCAGCACAGCAGCCGAGAGGAGACCGCCGCCCCCGCGGAGACGCCGCCGCAGCGCGGAGUCAGAGAUGGAAGGCGAUGGCGGUCGCCGAGACUUCCCCGGAGUAGAUGAGGCGACGCGGGAGCCGCGAGCUUGGCGGAGCCGCGGGCGAGGGCGGCGCGGCCGCGGCCCCAGCGCUUCCUGCGGUGCCGCGUGAUGGAACCUGACUCCGAGGUGCUGCCCGGGCCUGGAGGCGGCCCAGAAGCGACCCACACAGCCCGGGCGGCUCCUGCAGCGUCGGGUACUUCUGCUCUGCAAGACGCGCCGCCUCAUCGCGGAGCGCGCCCGGGGCCGCCCAGCCGCGCAGGGCCUGCAGCGGCUCUCGGUACCCCCAGUGCCCCCUCGGACCCUGGUCCGGAGCCCCCGGAUCUCGCCACCGCCUCUGCCACCGCAGCCGCGCAGACCCCGGCGGCGGCCGCGACCCAGGAGGACCCUGGAGUCACCAAGGCGAAGCCAGAGCUUGGGCGCGCACGCGAGGAUGAGCCUGAGAAGGAGGACGACAAGGAGGAAGACCUCAAGGUUGGGGCCACCUCCUUGGACGGCCGCUUCCUCAAGUUCGACAUGGAGCUGGGCCCGGACUCCUUCGGAACUGUCUGCAAAGGGCUGGACACGGAGACCUGGGUCGAGGUGGCCUGCUGCGAACUGCAGGUACGGGCUGCCGCCCGUGGGUGGGCCGGUAGGGAAGGCGUCCUCGGGUGCGUCCUUGCUCCUGCACAGGGCUUUAGGCAGCUCUGGGAUGGUGAUGACAAGUGUAUGUCAUCCAGUGUGUGUCCGGCCGGACGCAUGUUCUGUGUAUGGACAGCCUGCUGUGGUUGUUUCUGGGCCCGUGGGCAGGUGGAGACUUGUCAGCCUGGAAGUCAAGGCCGGGUGUAUGCCGUGCCUGAGUGUCCUCACGGGAGCGUGGGUUUGGGAGCGCCGACAGUGGAGGCCCUGUCGUCCCUUGCUCCUUGUAGGGCCUCAGAACCCUCUUUACUGACUCAGAAGAGCCUGGGCGCUGUAUUUAGGCCCUUCUAGGUGGCUUGGAAGCUCUCAACUGCCCUUCAGUUAGCAUCUUCCUAUGUCCUGCAAGGGGUUGGUUGGUGUGAUAGUUGCAGAAACCUGCAGGGGCUUCCUCUGACUUAAGGCUGGUGCUUGGUGGGCCCUUAGGCCAAGGCCGGAAGUCAGCAACCUCCUGGUCCCCGGAGAGCCCCCCUCGUUCACAGACUAGAUGUGUGAGUGAAAACCAUAGACAGGGCCUCUUUUUUCUCUCUCUCUCUUUCCCUCUCUCUCCUCUCCCUCCCUCCCUCCUUCUGUCUGUGUCUCUGUCUCUCUUUUUUCCUUAUUUUUGGAAGCAGAGGCUCUGCAUGCAUUUCUCAUAACCUUGCCCUCACGGUUAGCUGUGUCAGCCCUGGCC